AUGAGCGGGGGUGGGGUAGGGUGGGCCUCCGUGGCGGAGGCCGCGGCCGAGGCCGCCGAUGGCGGCGCCUCGGGCUGGGCUGCCGCCGCCGCAGCCGCCGAGGCGGCCGCCGCCAGCCCGCCCGACGGCUGGGGCGCGCUGGCGGCCAGCGCCGCGGCGUCGGCGGAGAGCGCCGAGGGCGCCGAGGCGGAGGUUGCCGUGGCGGCUGCCGCCGACGGCGCUGGGUCCGCGGACGCGUUCGGCCACGCGCUGACGCCCGCGGACCUGGCGCCCGCUGGCAGCGUGGCUGCGCGGCGCAAGGCGGCGUGGCACCCGCUCGAGCAUCUUCGGAAGCGGCUCCGAGAUGCGUGGGGUCACCGCGUCGCUGCUGGUGGGCGUGAGCAGCCGCUGCCAGCCGCGGAGGCGGCGCUGGCUGCCGCCCGCGACGCGGUCGUCGACGAGGACGACUGGGCGCUCUUCGGGCCCAGCGACGCGGAGGAGCUGCUCGACGGGGACGCCGACGCCAUCGCAGGCCCAGUCCCGCAUGCCGACGCGGAGGUGGCCUUGGCAGCUGUGGCCCGCGCGCCAGUGCUGGCGCCGGCGCGGGCCCAGGCUCGAGUGGAGGAGCUCGCGCAGCUCGUGGAGCAGACGUGCGCGAUCGCGGAGGCGAACUCGCGCACGGAGCGGGACUUCGUCGCAGCGGCGCAGCGUGGUGUGGUGCAGUACUUCCUGGAUGAGAAGCGCACGACGCUGCCAUUCCACCAGGAAUGCAGCAACCUCGGCGUUGGCCGCCGCCGCGCUGAUGGCAUCCUGCGCGCUGUUGCCGCCGCGUGCGUGUCGGUGCAGAAUCGGGACGUGUGCAGGAUGAUUCGCCAGUUGACGCGGUCCAUCUUGGAGCGAGGUGGCCGAGCACUGACAUGGUCAGAGAGCGUCAGGUAUGAUGAGACGCCGAUGCACAUGAGGCUCACGGACACCGAGAAGGCGGCGGCAGCAGCAGCGGACUCGGCCAUGCCAGCGGCCAUCGUGCCCGCCGACGGGCAGCCCAGGCUGGUGCCGAUCAGCGCCAGCUGCUCGAGCUCGCACGUCGCCAAGAUCUUGAACACUGAGCGGGUCUUCUCGAUGCUGUACCACCUCCCCGACGUCGGGUACGUCGGCGUGCGCGUGCCGCUGGAGACGCCCGUCCAGUCGCUGAGCAGGACCACAGGCGAGGUGCUCUACGACGCGCUCAAGGCCAGCCGCCCGCCGAUAGACGACGACGUGCUGCAGCAGUUCGGCCGACGACAGCGGCUGGUUUGCACGGACGGCGCGAGCGGGAUCACCAGGAUGGAGCGCAACUUCGCCCGUGAGGAGGCGGGUCGGAGCAGCACGUUGAAGGUCAAGUGCGAGGUGCACGUGGUCUUCAAGUGGCACGCGUGCGCGUUCCACCACGUGAAGGCCGACACCAGCUGCAUGGUGCACGCGGCGAAGGCGCUGCGCUGGCAGGAUGGCAUGCGCUCGUUCAGGGCAGCGCUCCGACAAGAGCUGCAGGACACGUUGCAGUACCGCUGCGACAUGCGGCCUUCGCCUGUGGACGUCGCCCGCAGCACCAAGUGCUUGGACCUCUUCUUGUCGGAGACGUCGGCCCAUCGGCGACUUCGUCGCGUCGUCAUCCUCUCGCUGGCGAACGGGGACUGGGCCAAGAGGCAUUGGGUUCACAAGCUCGCGGCGCACCCACCCCCAUAG